AGUCUUCAAGCUCGGGUGCAAUCAACCAGAGAUGUAAAAGCAUCCUUAUCAGCUUGUUAUUAUUUCGUUUGUAAGCAUCAGUACGUACGCCGUGCAGCUGUACCAUGCUGUAGAGCGUUCCUGCGGGUGCAAACCAAUCAGUCGAUCGUCAUAAUUCAGCCAAGUGAAGCACCAGCAGCUGGAGCAGUUAUGAGGAAACUUUGCCUAAAAGAAUUGGGUGUUUUUAUCCUGCUUGCCGCUUGUUUGCAAGUAAAUUGUUCAGACUCCGAAGAAGUGUUGCGGCCGUACAAGCAGUUCGAUGUAGUGGUAGCGGAGGGCAAGAGUUUGAAGCUGUGGUUGGAUAAUGGGCAGCGGGCCAUGUGCAACCCGGUAUGGUAUUUUAACGGACGGCGAGUUGCAAAGCCCCACUGCACGGUCAACUACGGAGAGUUCGUGUGUCCUGCAGUAACGCGUAACGAUGCCGGUCGGUAUGACCUGUGGGCAGGGGACGGUACUCGCCAAGGUCAGCCACGGCUGAUGUUUUCCGCCAACGUGCAGGUUAUGCGGGAUGGUGAGUAUGGCUUGUACAGGGUGAGCGAGCCUGUGCUGAAAAGUGGCAUGGUGCCGGAAGCUGAGUCGUUCGAAAACCAGCUGCAAUAUCAAGCAUGGGAUGAUUGCUUCUGUUCCGGUGUGACAAAUCAAUGCUGGAUGGCACCUGACCUGUACUGGGCGAGAAACAACUUUAACCUCGCAAAAGCAAUCCCGCGCAAGACGACGCUGUUGGACAAUGAGACUGCUACGGACUAUCUGGAAAUACCAGCGUCUACGUGGAAUGGGAACCUGAUCACGGCCUAUGGAGGCUACUUACGGUUUCCAGUUACUGACGACUGUUACAUGGAUCGAAGGAAACCGUGCGUACUGUUGUUCGACAAGCGGAACAGACACCGAGCGGUUGCGUACUAUCUACCACCGUCACACGACCAGCGACAGGCGCUGGUACUGAUGAAGGAAUCGAGCUGGAGUCUGGUGCCAACGAGAGAUGGGCGUGGUGGCCGGGCACUGAACGAGAAGAUCGAUAAGUCCAUCUUCAUGAGUACACUCAGCAACAUAAGGGAGGUUUACAUUCGUGGAGCGUAUAGUGGGCGUAGCGAGGAUAAAGUGCUGAUCAUCGAUAUGGCCACAUUGUACGACGAAGGUUUGGGCGAGGUGACUACCGUGGAAGAAUGCAAAUGUCACCGAGGCUAUGCUGGUUUGUCGUGUGAGCUGUGCGACAAGGGAUACUACAGAGUGUAUCAAUCGAUCAACUCCGAAGGAAUCUGUGUAAGCUUAAAGCGGCUUUGGAUGUCACACAUGAGCAGAUACCAUCGUGAAGAAUGAUCGUGCUUUCGGGUGUAUUUGUUUUUAAGGACGCAACUGUUGUGACAUGAUACUUCAAUUCGCUAUUCAAUUUAAAUGAGAACCCUUGAGUGGUAAUAAAUUGUUUUCGUUUGGCAAAUACAA